CAGAAGUGAAAGCGAAACAGAAAAGGUAAGAGUUGCAUGCUGGGAGUUUCCAACGGGAAUGUUGAGUGACUCGUACAUAUUCUAAUUUAGUGUUGUCGAUAAUACUUUCAAAUAUGCUAACUAAAUUCACCUCUGAACGUCUGUGAAAUCCUGGGACGUGUUGUCAUGGUUGCUGCUUCUACGGGAAGCCCGAAGUAAAUAAAACACGAACACCCUGCAAAAGAGGAAUACACGACCGACAUAUUUUCUCCAUAACUGUAAAAAUCCGCGUUAAUAAUGACAGAAAUGUAUGAGAGCAAGACAGCUAAUAUUUUAAGGGGGAAAAACAGAACUACAGACAGGAAGUUCCGUGUUGUUGACGGUGGCUGCUGCUUAUUCACCACUAGAGGGCGCCAUCGUUUCUUAUUUUCUGUCCUUGAGGCCCAUGUGGUCUUCUUCUGUCAAAUGAUAGUCGAGUUUCAGUGUUCUAUCCACGAACAAGAAGGCUUAAAAAACCUGUCUUCUUUUAUCAUUAAAAAAAAAUUAGAAACUAAAGAUGUGCGGUGUAACAAACUAACAAAAACAUUUUAAAAUUAUUUUUACCACUUAUUUGUCAUUUUUGCUUCAUGUACAUUUUAUAUGUAGGGGAGACCGGGGCUUGUUGUCACACUUUUUACACUCUUAUAUAUUACUUGGAAUCAAUACAUCAUAUAUAAACAAAAUAUGAACCAGAUGAAAGACCAAAGUCUCAGGUAUAUAUUUCAUAUUCAUGUCAUUUUCAUAUCUUGUGUCAGUGCAGAGUUAUAAGCAGUCAAAUAGACAGUGUGAUCAUGUGACAUGUUGCCCCACCAUCGGGUAAGCUGUCUCACUACAUGGGGUAAGAUGUCACAGUGGAUUUUGCAGCUAAUAAAACAAGGAAAAAAAUAUUGUUGCUCAAAUUUUUUUUUACUUGAAAGUGAACAUCAAAGUCAGACACAGAAAAAGUUCAUCAUUGAGCUUGAAUAAGUCAUUGAUCAAACAUUAGCAUAAAAUAUUAUGUUACAUGCACUGGAGUUUGGAGAGCUGUCUGACUCUGUGUUUCGACUGGGGUGAAUGUUUUGCAGUACCAAGCCAAGGUAUGGUAGUUGACAUUAAAGUCCUUUAUUGUACCCCAGAUUGAUUUAUUAGCUCGGGUCACCUGUCUGACUGCCCUCAGUAUCACGUCAGGUACUGCACUGUCAUGUUCUGUUUUCCUUUUGAAAUUCCUGACCAUGUCUUCUCACUUUCUCCUCUAAUUUAAACCACUCUUUUCUCUGUAAAGAUAAAGUCAAAGUUUCAAUAUGACAACUGCUGAUAGUUUGACUCUCUUUGUUAAUUUUAAUCCCUUUUAAACAUGUGACAACUAACCCCAAAAUGACUGAGACAUGUUGCCCCAAACUACCAUGUUUGCUAAUCAAAGCUCUAGUUUAAAGUUAGCUUCAAACAGAACAAUGACUGAGAUAUGACAGGAUGCCUUAAUCUCUCCUCUAACAAGCCCACAUGUAUCACUGCUAGGAUUUUUAUCUGGUAGAAGCUUAUUUUAAAAUAUAUAAAGUUAAUUUUCUUUACUUUGGGUUGUGCGAAAUGGUUAGUUAGCACUCAUCUUAGCUCACAAUGUGCUCUUCUCUUCUCAGACAGGACACGACCCCUGGCCAUGUAAAGGAAGAAAACUAGUAUUCCACUUUUGGUGGCAAAGAUAAUUGCAAUGUGACAUUUUACCCAUGUGACAACAAGCCCCUGUCUCCCCUAUUUAAAGUUGAUCACAAAACAGAGCAUCAAAAUAAACUUUUCCCUCCAUAGGGGAAAGAAAAAGUGUACAGUUUUCUUGUGUCAACUGAAGGCAGUGGGGAACUCUUUAUAUGAUCUUUUUUUUACUCUCCUGUUCUCAAGACUUAAACAACUUUCAUGUUCAACCACAAAUGAAGUUCAAAGCCACCCAAAGAUUGUGUUCAGGUGGUAUGCGCAUUUAAUUUAAAGUGACUAUUUUGUUUCUUUCUUAAAAUUAUGUCAAUUAUAUCGUUUUGCUUUUUUAUUUAAUUCUAGCAAGUUAUCUUAUUUAUUCGUUGUCUUAUCCAUUUUUAAAUCAUAGCCUCAUUCAAGAAACCUUGGGGAUUCAAAGUGUAUACUAAAGCAGAUACUGAGCAUGGUGUUAUACAAAUAUAUAAGGAUUAAUGACUAUGUGAGAGAAAACAAUGAUAAUACAUGGAUUGACACCCCCUCGUAAAAAUACACACAGGGAUAAAGUCCAUCCCAUCUGCAAACAUUAAUGAGUAAACUUUACAGUGACUCUAUUCCUCUCUUCUGGAAGGUCAUAUAAAGAGCUGCACUGAAGUUACAGCCAGCAUUUCAGAGUUGCUCACAAAAGUAACACAAAGCAAUCAGAGGAAGCUCGCUGUUAGGCUCAGGUGAAAGGGAAAGGUCAUUUUAUAGUUUAGAGAAUUUCUGUGAGGAAGAAUGAUAAAGAAGGUGCUGAUUGGGGCUCUGUGUGGUGCAGCUGUUCUGACUGUGGGGAUCCUCAUCGGUAACUAUGGGAUCACAAAGAGCUCGGCGCCGUCCUGGGUGAAGGAUGUGGCGAAGGAUGUGGAUGAGAGUUUCAUCAAGAAGUUCCUGGAUGAGGUGGACAACAUGCAGAUUCAGGAGAACCUCAGGUGAGUUAAUGAAUCAUAAAACUUGGAUUUUGACGGAUUCUCUCUCACACAUUUCACUAGUUUUUAUUUUUAAUUUUUUAAUUUUAUGUAAUUCAAAACACACAGACUGGAAACUAAACCAAAAUUAUUCAUUGAACAGUCAUACAGCUUUUGUGUUUCAUUAUUCACAAAUGUAUGAGGUCCAAUAGGAAUCACUUUGCAUUCUGGUAAUGUUCUAUGCCUUUAAUCCAAGACAGAAAAAUAUAAAAACCUACUUCUCAAACCUUUAUUCAUCCUCCUUUUCCUCUUCAGGGAGUUAACCAAAGUGCCCCACAUGGCCACCUCACCUGGAGAUGAGCAGACGGUAGAAUAUGUGCUUAAAAGAUGGACUGACCCAAACUCUGGACUGGAUGAUGCCUGGAGAGAGGAUUAUAUGGUCUACCUGUCCUUCCCAGACCCCAAAAAUCCUAAUAAGGUCACUGUAGGUCAGUCAAAUGUUUAAGCUCAAAUCUGCAUGUUUUUAAUGUGUAAAAGUAAGGGGUAAAGCUCCAAGAAUAGUCUUUUAUCAAAGGUUGUUGGCAUCCUGCAUCUCCAUCUAAGCAAAUUAAUGGAUAAGGUGACAUGUAGCAAGAUGGUCCAAUUCAGUUGAUUUAGACUUUUUGAAACUGAAGCCAUGAAUCAGUUGUCUUUUGAUGUCCCGCUUUAAAAGCUUCAAUAAAACUAGACUGAAACAAUGCUAAAAACCCAAGCAGCUCACUGUACCGAAUCCAAAUUCAGUAAAAACUUUACUUCUUUUUUUAUGAUAUAUCAUCCUAUAUUUAAGCCAACUCCCAAAGAAAAUUGCAACAAUACUAGAGAUGUUUGUAUUUCACAUAUUCACCAGCAGACAAUUGACCAUCAGCUUUGUUUUCAGUGGACCCAUCUGAAACUGUUCUGCACACUGUCAGAGAAAAAGAGAAGAAUUAUACUCCAGACCAACUCGAUCCUCAGGUGGUCCAGCCGUAUGCUGCAUACUCGCCCCCUGGACAUGUAAAGGUAAAAAGAAUUGCAUUGAAGCAUUAAAAGAUCUCUUUAAGGUGUCACACUCACUUCUGCAGGGAGCUCUAGUGAAUCUGUUAUGUGCUACAUACCUACGAAUUCAUGUUUUACAAAAGUAAGUGGCAAACUUCUGUUGUAAAAACAACACUUGCACAACAUUUGUUUGACCUAUCAGCUUUUUUUUAUAGUGAUAGUGUCAUGCACCAUAAAGAAGCUAUUAUUAUGUCACAGAAGAUCCAGUUUUUUAUUGCAUAGGAACAGCGAGAUACAAGGGCAAAUAAAUACAUAAGAAAUUUGUGUUUAUAGGAGGUCGUGUUGAUAUGAAGCAUACAUAAAAACUAAAAAGUGGGUCACUGACUAUAUAAAAAUCACAUGAUGGUCACAUCCCUGUUUCAUGCAACAAAAUGUUACCUGUAACAACCUUUGGGACUCUUUCCUCAACUUUUAUAUUGUCUAACAGUGAGCACAAAACAGAUACUUUUUCAGGGUCUAAGAUCUGUGGAGGAUAUACAGUUAAUUACUGUUGAUGAUCUAAGAAAGGACAUGCUUAAUAAAUGCAUGAUUUCAGUAAAGCUAAAUGUAAGAAGAUCUGAACUUUGUUGAAGUUUGAGCUUAUACAGUAUAUGCAUACAAGGUUAAAACUUUCUGAGGAAUUUGCAUGUGUGACCCUGGCUCCAUUAUUUCUGGGUCAUGUCUCAACAGUUAUCUGGUGUUUUGCCUAAAUUAUCUUAACAGGCGGGUUCUAGUUGAACAACAUUUGCCUUGAAAACCAAGGUCAGAACAAAAUGUAAACAAAUUUAACAGCAAUACACUGUCUUAAGCUAACUUAUCACUUAAAGAAGACGAAGUUAAAUUACUGAACACAGUACUUAAUAGAGAAAUACCUUGUCUUUUGAUACGCUAACUCUCCAUGGUCUAGCUUCACUUAAUAUUUCAGCUUGUUACUUUACGAUCUAAAAUUUCUGCUUAAUUUAAUUUUUUUUUUUACUGAGAGCACUGAACUUAUGAGUACUUUUCCACCCUGCCAUAAAACCAUCUCACCUAAAACACUCUCAAACAUGAGUUCAUUUGAUGAGCUUAAAAGACAAUAAAAUGUUGUUAUAAAACUAUUACUGAUGCACCAUUAUGAGACAAAUCUUUUUUUUACGUCUUUAUGAACUGAGACAUUAUGAAAUAUGCUGUCUUCACGAAACAACAGGACACUUUCAAUGUUAUCAGUACCUGUGAACAUCUCGAGGAGAUAAAAGGGCUUGUGAUAAAAGAGGAGACUGUAUCAAGAAUAAACUAGACAAUGCACUACAGCAUUCUAUUGGUGUCGAGUUUGAAGUCACACCAUGAAAAAAGCAUUAAAUUCGUUCCUAAAGAGUGGCUGGAUGAUAUUUAAGAGAGUUGUAAGAAAAUAUACGAGAAAAUCAGAAUGAAAAGUAAUACCCUGUGUGAUCUGUGAGAGGCACCAUACCCUAAAAUACAACAGAUUCAUGUGAAAUUCUGAGAGUACAAAACUGUACAUAACUUACAACACCAUACAUCAUAUGAUAACAAACAGGACACAUAUGAUAUGAUACGUUACAAUACAAUAUGAUAAAAUAGGACACAAUGCAACAUAAUAUGAUACUUAAUCAUAUGAUAUAGUAGGAUAGGAUAUAAUCCUGCAGGAUACGCAACACUUCUCAAGGAUACAACACAAUGAAAAAGGACUCUGAUAUGAUAGGAUACAAAGUGACACAAUAGAAUAUGACAGGAUAUAAUAGAUAUGAUUGAGUUUGGUGCAGCAUGAGUAGAUGUUAUCCGUCUAACACUGAGAGCAUUUCUUAAUGAUUUUUCUUUCGCUGGUUCAAGGGUAAACUAGUGUUCGCCAACCAGGGGAAACUAACUGACUACCAGGAGCUGAAUAAAACACUGGACCUCAGAGGAACCAUCGCUAUCACCAGAUAUGGUGGCGCAGGAAGAGCUGAUAAAGUGAGUAUGUCUUAUUCAAUGGAAGAAAUGUAGUCUUUUGUAUCAUCCUGUUUUUCUUGUUUGUCUGAUUAUGUUUUCUAAAAUGAUCAGAAAUAAACUGUCCAGAAGUGACAGAACUCAUAAAGGGGCAGUAAAACUGAGAGUGUUUUGCUUAAUGUUUGGAAGACAAAAACUUAAGAGUUUCUCUGGUUUACUGUCCAACAUAUCAGGGCAAGACAAGACCUUCUAGGGCAUAUGUUUUUCUUUUUUACACCGCAGGACUGAAUAUGAGCUUUAAAGGACAUAAAAGUAAUAAAAACACCAAGAAAUAUUUGUUAUUCUUGAGACAGUUUUCAAAUUUAGGUCCAUUUAUUGCCUAAAUUUAUUUAUUUAUUUGUUUAUUGCUACCCAUGGCUUCUAGCAAAGAAUUACAAGAAAAACAACAAUCCUCUGCGUUAAAUACUCCGCACAACACAAAAGUCUUUCAGUAAAUCAUAAAGGUGUUUAUUUUGAAGUUGAGUACAGCAUGCAAACAAUGUUGCCACAGCUAAAAUGCCAUGAGAGGAUCACAUAUCAGAGGAGCAUACAUUUUUGCUUAACUUUAUCAAAGUGCAGCAUUAUUCAACCAUGAACUGUCACACGUCUUGUCCAGGCCAUCAAUGCAGAACCCUUUGGUGUCCUCGGCGUGCUUGUCUACACAGACCCUCUGGAGAUGAAUGAUGGUCUAACAUCUGACAUCAAUGAGACAUAUCCACACUCCUGGUACUUGCCGCCCUCUGGUGUAGAAAGGGGUUCCUAUAGCACUCACUAUGGAGACUUACGCACACCCUACCUGGCUGCCAAAGGUAAUUGGUGACUUGUGUAAAAUUGAUUCACAAUUCAUCGCACAGUUGUGUUGGUCCAUUUUAUUGUGUGUUAAAAAAUUGUACUUUGAAUUAAUUCACAGAGGAAACCUACAGAAUCCCAGUUGAGGACAUCACCGGGAUCCCUCCUAUUCCUAUCCAACCAAUCGGAUUUGAGGAUGCCCGCGCAUUGAUUUGGUUUGUGAUUAGACAAAUCCUGAUAAAGCUUUAGAUGGUUGUUUAUGAACCAGCUCUUCAUUGUUUUUCCAUUUGUGUAUUAGUGAGCUUGGUGGAAAAGCAGCACUUACCUCAUGGCAGGGAGGAUUGGGUUGUACCUACAACAUUGGAGGCCCAGGGUUCAAAGAAACAUCCGCUUUCAACAACAGGUAAGCCACUACAAGAUUAAGAUGUUAAAUGCACUGCAGAAUGUCCUAUUAUUAUUCAUUGGGAUCACCUGUGUAAUCCUUAGCAUAUAAAAACUCAUUUACCAAAUCAGAGAAGUUCAACUAAUUUGCCAAGCUUGCAAGAAACCUACAGUGACUAUUAAACAUAAGGGCACAGAGUCGCUUUAAAGUGAAACACACACAUAUAUAUCUGAAGUUGUGUUCAUGUUUCAGUGAUGUGAAACUGGACAUCUACAACUACGGAGAGGUGAAGAGCUCUGCUAAUGUCAUGGGCAUCAUCAGAGGAAGUGUUGAACCAGGUGAGACCUGUCACCAAGGUCAAAUCCUCUUUUAGAUUUCAGCACCUUUUUUUUUUUUUUUGCUCAUGAUUACUCUGCGGCUGUCCCUGUGUUUGUACUCAGAUAGGUAUGUGAUCUACGGGAACCACAGGGAUAGCUGGGUUCAUGGUGCCAUUGACCCCAGCAGCGGGACAUCAGUUAUGCUGGAGCUGACAAGAGUGCUGGGCCGGAUGGUUAAACAAGGUGAGGAGAGCGACAGCUGAAUGAAUUACUGAUUCUUUUACUCAUUGUGCUGGAUAAAGAUUUAAUACCUGUUUCUUUCCGUGUGGCAGGAAAUUGGAGGCCUCGGAGGUCAAUUAUCUUUGGAAGCUGGGGAGCCGAGGAGUUUGGCCUCAUCGGGUCGGCAGAAUACACAGAGGUGAUUUGCUAUGACCUGAUAUGACAGACAUGUUCAUUAUCAAGCAAUAUUUCUUCCAUUUGUACCAUUACUAUUUCUACUCUGUGGGAAGCAAUUAUAGUUUUUAGAAGUUGUUAACAUCUUUUCAUGAACUUAAAAAUGGAAAAAACACUGACUUUAAUUGGUCUUUUCCUCAGCAAUACUUCACCAAGCUCAGUGAACGCACCAUUGCUUAUAUCAACGUGGAUAUAGCUGUGUUUGGUAAGUAACACCAAUCCUUUCACUGAGAAGUUAAUGAAAAUGUUUUGCACUUCAUUUAACAACUCAGAAAAGUCACAAAAGCCUAUAAUAUCACCAUGAAAAUUUCAGCUCAGACCACUUUUCAGACACCAGUAGCAACAUGCUAAUCUAGUUCUCCAUACUCUAAAUCAGACAUUAAGACCUAAAUGGAUUUUCUCAGUUUUGCGAUGUAAUUUUAGGCUAAUUUACUGAUGAAUGCUGCUUCUUGAAGAUUUAUACAUUUGUUCUAAUGCUUAUCAACAAUCCCAUUUUCAGCCAAUGCCACACUCAGGGCGUCAGGAAUGCCGUCAGUACAGAGUGUCAUCUUCCAAGCUGCAAGACAGGUAAAUUCUUAAAAAUGACCGGUGCUAGUUCAGUGUUUUGUCUCAGGAGUGUGACUUUGACAUAAAUACUGUCCACAAACCGCCAUGAUGAGACUGUGUUUGUUCUCCAGGUACCUGCACCCGGAACUGACUUGACUGUAUACGACAACUGGAUGAAAUUUUCCAACCGGACAAGCCCGACAAAUGAACUCAUUCCCAAGUAUUGAACAACACCUUUUUAGCGCCUUUAGGUUACCAAUUCUAAACAACUUAACUCUGCCAGAUUGCACCAUUGUCACAUUUCUUCAAAGUCUAUAUGGUUCAGGAGAAACCCCAGGUCUGUCAUUGUACUGAAAUAAACUGCUCCUGGUUUUCUUUCUUCUCUACCAGGAUGGGAUACCUGACAGGAGCAGGAAGUGAUUAUGCUCCCUUUGUCCAUUACCUGGGGAUCACUUCUAUUGACAUGUCAUACACAUACGACAGGGUAUGAAAGAAGUCUGCUGCCACUGUUUUUGAAUUCUGUCUGGUCACAGUAUGAAAGCUUUGUGUGGGAACAGGAAAUGCUAUUUGGGUCUCACCUGUAACACAGUUUGAUUUCCACUAACGUUAGCGGGCACCAAAAUGCCGCUUUAACCAGGACAGUAGCGCAUCAACAUGCAUUUUCACUGGGUUCAAGGCAAAUUCUUCCUCUUUGCUAAUUGGAUUUAUAUUCAUAUUGUUGCACUCUGUUGUCCUGCUUCACUGUUCAUGUCUCAUGUUGUAAAUGAUUUAUGACUCAAGAAAGAGAUUUUCAUGUCAGUGCAGAUCAUAGACUGUGUAAAAGAAGUGAACUGAUGUUUUUAAGGCUCAACUUUAGCACUUAAAAGUUACCGGCUUGUUUUAUUGGGAUCAUAAACGACCACGAAUGGAAGACAGGAUGGACACAUAAUGGAUUUAUGACCAUAAAGUUACAGGUAAAUGUGUAUUGUAUUCAUAAAUCAACUGAAGAGCUUCCUCAUCUUCUCAUUUGUGGCUCACACUAUUUUCUAAGUGUCUGAGUAGCCCCCCUGUGGCUCUUUGCAGGUAUCAGACACUCUUGCAUUGACUUAGAUUUAAAAACCAAGAGACCAUGUCCACUUCUUAUACACAGUCUAUGGUGUGAACAUGUUUGUCAAGUACUCGUGACACAUUGAACAUAUUUUGACUGCCCAAUCAUGAUGUUUUUUUCAUUAGAGUAAAACAAAGGCUCGGAUUUACCCUGCAUACCACACAGCGUACGACACCUUUGACUACGCCUCAAAGUUCAUUGAUCCAGGUAAAAGGAUGUCUUUACUGUGGCCCUGAAGGUCAACAGCACAAACAUUUAAAGAGGACAAUAAAUAAAUAAAUGUUUUGUAAAACAUGAAAAACAUUUAAUCAAAAAUAAAGAAUAUUUUCAUCAAACCCAUAAUAAAAUUGCAAAACAUGAAAAUAUUUUAUAUAAACUUCAAAAAUAUUAUGUGAUUUUUUUAAUCACAAAAAUAAUUUGUAAUAAAAAAAAUUGGAAAACAAAAUAAUUUGUCGCAUUUUGUAGCUACUAAAGCUUAUUAAUAUUUUCCAAUCAGUAUAAUAUUUUUACAGGCUUCAAUAAAAAAUAUGCUUUCAGAAUUUAAUCCAAAAUAAUUUUUAUUAUCAACGUUUAUUUUUGUCUUUAAAAUUUGUUUGUAACUGCAAAAUAUUGCAGGCCAUCAUACUUUAAAAAAAAUAUUUUUAUGUUGAAGAAAUGUGUUGACACUUCCAAAAAUUAAACUGCAUUUCUUAAAAAUGUUUUUUUGUUUUUAUAAUAUUUUUCAGUGUUUUCCAAAAUAUUUUUGGAAGUUAUUAGAAUCUAUUUGUGUUUUCUAAAAUAAAUUUUGGAUUUAUGCAAAAUAUUUUGUUAUUAUGUCAGAUAUUUGCAGGUUUUAUGUUCUAAUUUUUUUAUUUGUUGAAAUGUUUUUGAUUUAUUUUAGAAUUGCCCCUUCUCUAGCAAUUUUCCUUGCUAUUGCCUUGGGAAUCAUGCAUGGACUGAGAAACGCAUAUUUACUGCUCCUGACAUUUGCCAUCAUUGCACACUACAGACUUGAGUUUUUGUCCGAUCAUUGGGGAAAAUAAAACUUGAGUAUUAAAACCUUUUAGUUCCCUCCCUAAACAGUUUUUCAUCAUCUCAUGUAACACCUUCUUCUCUCAGGGUUUCACAGUCACCAGGCCGUUGCCAGGACAGCAGGAAACAUCCUGAUCCGAUUGGCUGACAGCUUGGUGGUGCCGUUCAACUGUGGUGACUACUCUGAGAUUCUGAGGGCCUACCUCAACACAGCAGUGACCCUGUAUAAGACCCAACUGCAAGCUAGAAAUAUCUCCAUGGGUAAGAACAGGAUACAAAGCUCUGUCUCCAAGGCUUUAACUUGUGUGCAUCCAUCCUGGGUCAAGGUAGCUGAUCUGACAACUUGAUUAUGAAGACUGAAUAUGAUUUUUUUGGGCUUCUGCAGUAGACUAAAUGCCCACUGUAGCAGGGAUACCCUCAGGAGAUAAUGCUAAAAAUAUUGAACAGCACCACAGAAGCAGAAUCUGUUUACCUACAAUGAUUAGAGAGGCUGAAAUCUGUUACUGAAAAGCCAAAUGGAUGAUUUGUUUCAGAACCGCUAGAACAGGCUGUGGCCAAUUUUGAGAAAGCAGCAUCUGAUCUGGACAAGAUGAUCCGCAAUUCAGACCUGGCAAAUGAAACGUAAGAACACACACUCACAUACAAUACUUAAAACCCUUUUGUAAAUAGUUUUAUAAGGAACUGAAAGCCCAAAAGACCCAAACCUUUCUCUUUGUCUCUCUUGUCUUUAGACCGCUGAAAGUCAGAAGAAUCAACGACCAGCUCAUGCUGCUGGACCGAGCUUUCCUAAACCCUCUCGCCUUCCCAGAUAAAUAUGCAUUCAGGUAACAGGUCCUGAAAGCUUUUUGUAAAAAGUGAAAAGUAAAAACAAACAAAAAAAAAAUUCAAUAUGACAAACAAUUAUUCUUCCUACUUUGGUUUCAGAUGGACUUUCUCCAUCUGUUUAACUGAUCAGCUGCCUGUUAUUGAUAAAUCGCCUGUUAUUUCCUUGUGUGAUUGACAGGCAUGUCAUCUGGGCUUCAAGCAGCGCCGGACAGCCAACGUUUCCCGGUCUGGCUGAUGCUUAUAAAAAAGCUACAUUGUCAGGACAAGCCAGUGACUGGGCUCAAGUGCACUACCACCUGUCUGUCGUGAGCCAGGCCAUCGAGGGCGCUGCCAGCACACUGAUUGAUGUCAUUUAGCUGAAGAAGAGGAAGGACAAACUGCUGUAACUCAGGGACUUUUUUUUAAUGAAAUGCAGGGACUUGCAGCCUAUGAGGACGGAACAGAUGAGACUGUAAAUGGAUGACCUUCAGUGAGGAGGCUCAAUGAGCCCGGCUCCUCACCAAGCAUUAACAUAAAUGAUGUCCUCUGUAUUUUUCACGCACAUUAAAUAUUUAGAUGUGAUCUUUUUUGUCUCAUUGAAAUGCUCCAUUAACAAUGAACCAAGAUCAUGUCUGCUUCUGCACUUUGAGUUUUUCUGCAGAUAAAAGUCUUUUUGCAUUUAAUAAAAUACUAUAAAUACUACAGUGAGUGAAAAUACUUAAUUCAGCAAUCCCUAUUAAAAUUAUAUUAAGGUCAUUAAGGUUCAUACCUGGUAAAGCUCAUGUAAUGUAUUCUUAGCUCUUCUAAUGUGCUGAAAAAAGCUUCAUUAGAGAACCAAUGACCAGCUCUAUGUUAAUGUUGAUUGGAUGUCUUACACCCCGUUUUAGUAAUAUCCUCAUCAGAAACUAAUUGAGGAGCAGAACCGUUUAAAUUUCCCACUUUUACAUUUUUAGCUGGGAUCUAAAUUUGAAAAAUGAAGUCUAAAUAAACUUCUGAUGCAUGGGAGUUUAUUCCUGAAUAAUGCUUAUGAUUUAUAUUUUUUUUCAAUGCAAGGAUUAUAUUUCUAUUAAAGACAUUUCAAAAAAAUCAUUAUAGAUUUCUGUGAGGUUUGUGACUGAGACCAAAAGCAGAUGUGCAUGUCUCUCAUAUCCGCACAUUUGGCCUGAGGUCCACUUUAGUCUAACUUCAUGAUAACUUCAUAAUAAUACGACCAUUUGUUCAUUUUUCUGUCUGUAUGCUUUUGUUUACUCUCUCCCUUUUAUUCCUAGAAGUGAAACAAUGCAUUUUGAAAUGCUAAUUCCAGAUUAAUAUUCAGUACCCUAGUUGUUCUUUUUGUUUUUUUCUUUUACAUGAGUCAAUUUCAACCACAAAAUGUUGCAUAAAUAUUCACCAGAGUGCAACACAUGAGUGUUGGAUGUUGCUGUGUGUUUUUUUCCCUAAAUUUUCCAAUAUUUUUCCCCUCUCUUCUCUUUCUCUCUUUUUUUUGUAAUACAUUCAAAAUAAAAACAUUUCAGUUCAGUUCAACUUUUGACCCUGGGAAAACAGAGUGAAUCAAAAAGUAUGGAUGCACAUCCACUUAGCACAGUAUCUCAUUGAUUAGACAUAGUGCCUGGAGCAAGACUGAGUCAUGGUCACUGGGUGAUUAUGACUUGCUAAUUCAUCUGAUCAUUACACAAUCUGUGCUAGUGAUCUCAUCUGACAGGUUUUCUGAGCUGUUGCUAUCUGUGUGGAAAUAGGAGGGCAAACUUAACUGUUGUUAAUUUACAUUCACAAGAACUGAAGCAAGCCUAGAUCGAGGUUAUCCUCUCGUUCAAUUAGGCAGUUCAAUAAUACAAAGAGGGGUAAAGUUCAUAUUAAAAGAUCAUGCAAAGUUAUCUCACAUAUAAGCUACACUUUGAUAUUCAAGUGCUCCAUUAGAUCUAGAAACAAUCUUAGUCAUCUCUGCUCCAGAUCCAGGUGCAAAAGGAUGCAAUUUAUCUGAUGCCUUAAGCCUGUAGGCCUACAGUGAAUUGCAGUUGGUUGCCUGUAGGCAGGCCUUACUGUCUGCAGCUGCAAGUACUGGCUGCUGCCACUAGGAGUCACAAAAUGCCAUGAGACACAUUUAUGGGCCAUGUCAGCAUUUAGGAUUACAAGUUCAGUAUCACAAAAGCCACUAGCAGCAGUGGAUAAAAAGUCAAAUCUGCCCUCUAAAAAGGUGAUAUAUUUCCAUGAAAUAAUUCUGUGCGUAACACAGUUCAGCAUGUAAACAGAAAUGUAUAAUGUAUAAACGUGAGACAGAGAGUUGGAAAAGAAGUAAGACUCAUAAAUACUAUUCUAGGAUCCUACUUUUCCCCCGUUCAGACUCUGGUGUAGCCACAGGUCUCUUAGGGUGGUUUUAUCCUGGUUUACGUUUAUGGCGUUAGUCACACCCUUACGAGCUGCUGCAGAAGCCCAACUUAGUGUAAAUGAAUAACAGCCCGUUUGUGUGGGUUGAGUUCAUUGAGUUCAUGUAAUUUUAACCUUUAUAUGCUAUAAAAAAGGUGGGCUCUAGACUAUUCUUAAUCUCAGGAGACACUGCUUCAAAGAUGGGUCCCAUAAAGUUAAAUUUAUCAGCUGUGGAUGGUUUGAAAGGUGCAUGUCCAAACUGCAAAAUGCAUCAUUGCUGUUUCAUAAAACAAAUGUGAAAAUUGUGAUAUGAUGAAGGCAAAGACUGGUUGGUGAAAAAUCCACAGAUGUCUUGCAGUAUUUUUAGCAGUGAAGUAUUUACAGAGGAUGGAUUCCUUUUUCAGCAGUGCUCUACUUGACAUUCAUACAGUUUGACAUCAAUAUUUGCAGAACUGCCCAGAACAACCAAAGUCUGUCUGUUUUAAGCCGCUGAGCAGUUUCACUAGUGAAGUAGGAGACGGGGAGGAAGACUUUUAAAUCUUGAAUGUUUCUUCCUGGCUGAUUUUUUAGAGCUACAGAAGUGGAAUUUGAAUUUAGUCUCUGAUUUUU